CUCUUAGGUUUAAUCAUUUCACAUACUUUAUGAGAGGUAUGUAAUACUGUUUUAAAAAAAUGCUUUUAAACCCCAUAAUUGCUGAUCUGUUAUGUCCUGUAAUGCAUUUGAACUGGAAUUACUUGCAUAAACAGUUUGUUAAAUAUUAUACAAUUUUUAGUAGACUUCUACAGGAAAAUGACAUCUGAAGCUAUUAAUAUAACACUUACUCGUAUGCAUGACCACACAGGAACCCAUGUAUCUUUGCCAGACUUUAAGAGCUCUAACCACCAUGAGAAACUGAGAAAGCUUCUCAACCCCAAGUGCUGUUUGAUAAAGUUUAAUUAAUGAAUGAUCUUAAUCUUUAUCUUCUUGUUUGACUUUUAUUUAGUCUCAGGGUGAUUUAUUAUUGCAAACCCAUCUGUAGACAUGGAUCGGCUGUGCAGUACAAUCUUUCUCUUAAUCACAGGUAAGUAAGAUUUGUGCUAAAUUAAAAGAAUUUUUUUAACCCUAACCCUUUGAAAUAAUCUACUGUGGAAAAUGAAAUAUUUUGGAAAAUUACCAAAAUAUGACAAACGCACUCCAACAGACUUGUAUAUUACACAUACUGACAAAAUUUCUUCCAAAUUUCAAGUAAAAACAUUGUCUUUUAGGGCAUUUAUUUGCAGAAAAUGGCAGCUGGCAUAACCCCGGGAGCUUUGAUCAGUAAUACUUUUCAAGUGGAAGAACUGAAUGUCCAAUUGGAACCAAAGAACAGCACAGUCUGUGAAGGAGACUCCGUCACACUCAACUGCACUUUUCAACCGGCUGGAAAGUACAAAGUGAAAUGGUACUAUAGCCAGACUAACUUAGGCUGUAACUCUGCAACAGACGGAAUACGUGAAAAGUUGCGUAUUAGUACAGAAAAUAAUGACAAUUGGUCAACAUUCAACAUUCCUUCCAUCAAGACCAAUGACAGCGGAUGGUACUUCUGCAAGGUUACGAGAGAUAUUCCUAUUCUAAUGGAAAACUGCAGUGAUGGAAUACAAGUUCUGGUCUUGGAAAAACCGAACGUCCAAUUGCAACCAAAGAACAUCACAGUCUGUGAAGGAGACUCCGUCACACUCAACUGCACUUUUCAAACUUAUGGAAAGCAUAAAGUGAGGUUGUACUAUAGCCAGACUAACUUAGACUGUAACUCUGCAACAGACGAAUACGUGAAAAGUGGCUUAUUACUACGGGAAAUAAUGACACUUGGUCAACAUUCAUCAUUCCUUCCAUCAAGACCAGUGACAGCGGAUGGUACUUCUGCAAGGUUACCAGAGAUAUUCCUAUUCUUGUAGAAAACUGCAGUGAUGGAAUACAAGUUCUGCUAACCAGCACAUGUAGGAUCAUGGCCUGCUUAUAAACCCAAAAAUGAAUUAUAGUACAUCAGCCAAUGAGGAGAGAGCACAGGGUUCAUGUUAAUACCAGAUUAUUUAAAGUGCCCCCAUUAUGCUUGUUUAUUACUUUUCAUGUAGUGUGAAUAGUUGUUUAUGAAAGUAAAAGGUCAGCUAAGUUAAAAAGAUCAAGUGCGUGAUAAAUGGAGUUAUUUUCUCUGAAAAGAAAGAACCGAUUCUGAACUUCCUGAAACAAGUUGUUAGUUUUAUAAAAAAUUGCAUAAUGCCAGCCUGUGGUCCUCAUUGGCUAGCCAUGAACUACACCUACUUUGACAAGUUAUGAAGACACUGUUUUCUGUGCUGCGAAAUCAAAUCCACUUUGCAUGCACUUCCAAAGGAUGAAGACUAUAAAACCAACACCAUUGUUACUCUUCGUAUCACUGUGUAUCAAGUGCUGAGGAGUGAGGAAGAUACAGAGCUAAGAUUCAGAUAUGAUAGUAGAUGUUUUGACACAGUGUAAGCAGUUGACCAAUCACAAUAGACUGAGCCAUCUGACCAAUCAGAGCACAGCAGGCUCAUGGAGAGAGACUGAAUCCUUUAUCGAACCAUUUCAGACACUGUGAGAAAAGAGGUGAUGCAAUGUAUUUUACGUGAAAAUGAAGUGUUUUUUGAUGUAAACCUACUUAAAUGUAUAUUUGCUUUUACAGUAUGUAAUGCACAAAGAUGUUUGAAAUAAAUAUAUAUAUUUUUAAUUAAAAAUGGAGAUAUACUUGUCAUUCUUUGUGAUAUAGAAUAAACAUGCAAUGCAGUGCAAAUAGAAGAAAACUGUUUGAUCUGUAAAGGAAAAAAUGUGAGCAUUACAUUUUCUGUUUCAGGUUUACGUUCGGUUUGACUUGACAACAGUGGUUAGGCUUGCCUUUAGGUUUAAAUAUCGAAACCACAUUCAAACUGCGUCACAGUUCUCAGCAAGUUGUGUGCUACUUCAUUUACGAGAUGUCAAAACAAAACUCUGUUAAACGUAC